AUGCUUAUCAAUUCAGGCGCUUCAUUAACAUUAAUUAAAUCAAAUUUAUUUCAUCUACCAUAUUACAUUCGUCAAAGUGCUCGAUAUCCUUCAUCAAAAUUUCAGAUACAUCUUGCGGAUAAAUCUUGUUUAUACGUACAGAAAUCUCUCCUACUUCCAAUCACGAUUGCGAAUCGAACCAAAAAACAUAUAGUUUAUGUGGUACCAAAAUUAUGGCGACCAUGCAUUAUUGGCAACGAUUUUAUUCAAAGGCACAACCUCCAAAUAGAUGGCGGACAUCAACGAAUAUAUUUUAAAGAGUUAGUCGUGAAAAACCCGAUAACACCAAAUCUUGAUCCAAUCCGAGAAAAGGAAGAAGAAUAUGUCUUAUUGGCAAGUGAACGUAUUAAAAUACCAUCUUACCAUGCUGUCAAUAUUCAAGUACAACCAGAUAAAGAAGUCGUUAGCACAGAGGAAGAGCCAUCAGAAUAUGAAGUAACAACGAUAAAACUCACACCAUGUGUGGCAAAUGGAGUUAUUAAACCACAAAAGUCAAUGAAUGUUCAAGUGGCGAACUUAACAAAGAAGACAAUUAUUAUCCACCCAGGUCAAGCACUAGCUUCGAUGACACGUCUUAACGAAGCACAAUCAAAUGUGUUACAUCAAAUAGAAAAGACGCAACAAGAGGGAACGUCUAGUAACAGAGAAUGA